AUGAAACAGGCGGUGGAUCUGGGUCUGAGGAAGAAAGGAUUCAAGGACGGUGAUGAAGGAGAACGAGGACAUGUCUCAGGUUCGGGUAAAGCAGAGUGUGUUCGUGCGGUCGAUGUCCUGACGGUGCUCAGAGAGAAAGUGGCCUUCGUGUCAGGUGGGCGGGACAAACGAGGCGGACCAAUCCUGACCUUCCCCGCCAGGACCAAUCAUGAUCGAAUAAAACAGGAGGACCUCAGCCGGCUGGUCACAUACCUGUCGACCAUACCCAGUGAGGACGUGCGAGCUCGUGGCUUCACCGUGGUGGUGGACAUGCGCGGCAGUAAGUGGGACAGCGUGAAGCCGGUGCUGCGGACGCUGCAGGAGUCGUUUUCCUCCAGCAUCCACACGGCGCUGCUCAUCAAACCGGACACCUUCUGGCAGAAACACAAGACCAACCUGGGCAGCGCCAAGCUCAGCUUCGAGACCAGCCUGGUGUCGGUGGAGGGUCUGUCCCGGCUCGUCGACCCCUCCCAGCUGACCUCUGACCUGGGCGGCUCGUUGGAGUACGACCACGUGGAGUGGACCGAGCUGCGUCUGGGUCUGGAGGAGUUCUCGGGGGCCGCCACGCAGCUGCUGGCCCAGCUGGAGCAGCUGGAGGUCGGGCUCAACCGCAUCCCCGAGCCCCAGGACGUCGACGAGGCCAGAAAACUCCUGGAGGAACACGGUCGUCUCCGUAACACCAUCGCCACGGCGCCGGUUGACGCCCUCGACCGAGAGGGGCGCAGUUUGCUCCAGCGUAUGCGCGGCGGCGGCGGUGGUAGCCACGGCAGCUGGCUGUCGGGCGGGGCAGACUUCCAGAGCGUGGCGCCCAAAGUCUCGUCUCUGCUGGACCGACUGCAGGCGGCUCGCAGCCACCUGCUGCAGAGCUGGAGCGACAGGAAGCUGCACCUGGACCAGGCGCUGCAGCUGCACCUGUUUGAACAGGACGCCACCAAGAUGUCAGAGUGGAUCGCCCACAGUAAAGAGCUGUUCACGCAGAGUCUGGCGGAGGUCGGCCAGAACCACCAGCACGCCCUCGACCUCCAGACACAACACCAGCACUUCACCGCCAACUGCAUGAACGGCAGUGUGAACGUGGAUAGUGUGGUUACCGUGGCGGCGAGGCUGGCAGAGGCCGGUCACUACGGGGCGGAGCGGAUCGCCAUGGUGUCGUCACGGUUACAGGAAGACUGGAAGUCCCUGACGACAGCUCUGGAGGAACGCAGCAACACGCUUGCCAUGGCAACUGGCUUCCACCAGGGGGCAGAACAGUUUCUGCUCAAGGUGGAGGGUUGGGUUCAGGUGUGCUCUGAAGGGUCGUUGCCGUCGGCAACAGCAGAGCUGGAAGCUGCAAUAAAGAAACACCAGGAACUGAAUGAGGAGAUCUCUGCUAACUACACACAGGUCAGUGAGAGUGGUAAAGCCUUAUUGGACGUCCUCCAGCGUUGCCCAGCAACCGACUCUGAUGACUCAGCGACCAAACCAGACUUCACCACCGCCACACAUGGCAUCAUGGGAGUUCUGCACCAGGUGAUGCAGGGUCAACAUGAGGUGGAGGGGGCGUGGCAGCACCGUAAGCUCCGCCUCCACCAACGCCUGCAGCUGUGCGUCUUUCAACAAGAUGUUAGACAGGUGUUGGACUGGGUGGAGCAGCAUGGUGAGGUGUUCCUGAACAAACACAGCGGCGUGGGGAAGUCUCUGCACCGAGCGCGAGCUCUGCAGAAACGCCACGACGACUUCCAGCAGGUCGCACAGAACACUUACACUAAUGCAGAGAAGCUUCUGGAAGCAGCGGAUCAGCUGGCUCAAUCCGGAGAGUGUGAGGAGGAGGAGAUCUACCAGGCAGCCAGAGACCUGGAGCUUCGCAUGCAGGCGUUUAUCCAGCGAGUGGAACAGAGGAAGCUGCUGCUGGAUCUUGCUGUUUCUUUCUACACACACACCAAGGAGCUCUCAGUGUGGAUGGAGGGCCUCCAGAAGCAGCUCUCCUCAGAUCUCUGUGUUUGUCCCGACACUGUGGAGGCUCUGCAGACUCUCAUCAGCCAGCAGCAACAGCAGCAGGCCAACACACAGGAGGCUGCGAUGAGUGUCAUCCGGGAAGGAGAAGACCUCAUCCUGCAACUCAGGUACACACGGAGAGCGCCCCAGGGCAGCUCGGUGGCCCAUGUGGAGUCGGUGCUGCAGCAGCUGGAGGAGUCUCAUGUUCAGCUGGAGGAACUUUUCCACCAGAGGAAGAUCCGCCUGGAUGUUUACCUGCAGCUCCGCAUACUGCAGCAGUGCACGCUGGAGGUCACGGGGGAAAUGGACGCCUGGAAGCAGGACCUCCAGAAACAGUCCCAGGACUUCUCCACCGAGAAGCUAGCGCUAGCACAGCAACGCAUCCACAGGCACAUGGAGCGAAGGCUGGCUAUGAACAACAUGAUCUAUGAGGUCAUACAGCAAGGUCAUGACCUUCAGCAGUACAUCAACGAGGUCCAAGCAUCAGGUAUUGAGCUGUCAGAGGCAGAUGGGGGUCUGUCCUCUCAGGUGGAGGAGCUGCAGCGCCUCCUGCAGGACAAACAGAAGGAACUGCAGCAGAUUGCAGAUCACACACACACACACCUGGAGCAGAACCUGCAGCUGAGACACCUGCAGAGCCAGGUCAAACAGGUGCUGGGCUGGAUCUCAGAGGGCGAGGUCAUGUUGGCGUCCUGCAUGUUGAACUCAAGCUGUUUAUCUGAGGCAGAGCAACUGCAGAGGGAGCACGAGCGCCUCCAGCAGGCCAUAGAGGCGCUCCUCCAUGCUGACUCCCUGCAGAGGACUCAUCAGGUGGCGCUGGCUCUGCAGCAGAGAGCAGAGCUGCUGGUCAGGUCAGGUCACUAUGAUCCGGACGCAGUGAGGUCUUGCGCCCAGACGGUGGCGCUCCACUGGCAGACGCUGAUGCUGAGGAUCGAGGACCGACUCAAACUGGUCAACGCCUCUGCUGCCUUCUACAGGACGUCCCAGCAGGUGUGUGGGGUCCUGGAGAGUCUGGAGCAGGAGUACCGCAGGGAGGAGGACUGGUGUGGCGGAGGAGACAGACAGCCGGAGCAGCUCCUGCCGCUCAUCAACAAACACAUGGAGCAGAAGGAGGCGUUUCUAAAGGCCUGCACUCUGGCCAGACGAAACGCAGAGGUUUUCCUCAAGUACAUCCAUCGCAACAGCGUCACCAUGGCGAACAUCUCAGGCCACAGCGUCACCGUCUCCGGGGUAACCGAGGUCACCGGGCACUCCAGGGUCCCGGAGCAACAAGUCAAAGGUAUCCUCAGCGAGCUGCUCCAGAGAGAAAACAGAGUUCUUCAUUUCUGGACGUUGAAGAAGCGUCGACUGGAUCAGUGUCAGCAGUACCUGAUGUUCCAGAGCCACGCCCAGCAGGCUAUGGAUUGGCUGCAGCAGUCAGGUGACCACUACCUGGCCACGCACACAUCACCGGGGGCAAAUAUGGCCGAGACUCAAGAGCUGUUGAACCAACACAGGGAGUUCUGUGUUUCUGCCAAGCAUACACAAGAGAAGGUUCACCUGCUGAUCCAGCUGGCUGAGAGCAUGCUGGCUAAAGGCCACGCCCACCGCACCGAGCUUCGCCGUUGCGUUUCCACCGUGGAUAAACGUUACCGCGACUUCACCGUCAGGAUGGGACAGUACCGCCACCUGCUGGAGACGGCGCUGGGAGGAUGCUCGCAGGACAACAAGGACCUGGAGCUGGAGCUGAUCCCCAACAGUCUGUCUGACUCCGACCCUGAGGUCAACCUGUCCGACCCCAGCCACCAGGUCAGCGACGAGAAGAGACGCUCCGCCCGCAAGAAAGAGUACAUCAUGGCUGAGCUGCUUCAAACAGAGAGAGUCUACGUCAGAGAUCUGCAGGAGUGUAUCGAGACGUACCUGUGGGAGAUGACGAGCGGCUCAGAGGACGUCCCUCCUGGUCUCACCAACAAGGACGACAUCGUGUUCGGGAACAUCCAGGACAUCUACGAGUUCCACAACAGUAUUUUCCUGAAGGAGCUGGAAAACUACGAACAGCUUCCUGAAGACGUCGGACACUGUUUUGUUACCUGGGCCGAUAAGUUUCACAUGUAUGUGACCUACUGCAGAAAUAAACCAGACUCCAGUUUACUGAUCCAACAACACGGCGUGGGAUUCUUUGAGGAAGUCCAGAGGAGACACGGUCUAGCCAACUCCAUCUCCUCAGCUCUCAUCAAACCGGUUCAGAGGAUCACCAAAUACCAGCUGCUGCUCAAGGAGUUGUUGGCUUGCUGUGAAGAGGGCAAAGGUGAGAUUAAAGAAGGCCUGGAUGUGAUGCUGAGCGUCCCAAAGAGAGCGAAUGAUGCUAUGCACGUUAGCAUGUUGGAAGGUCUGGAGGAGGGUCUGGAGGUCCAGGGCGAGCUCCUCCUCCAGGACUCCUUCCUGGUUUGGGAGCCAAAGUCUCUGAUCAGGAAGGGACGGGACAGACACCUCUUCCUGUUCGAGCUGUCACUCAUCUUCAGCAAGGAGAUCAAAGACUCGUCCGGACGAACCAAAUACCUCUACAAGAGCAGACUGAGGACCUCAGAGCUCGGCGUGACAGAGCACAUCGAGGGGGAUCCCUGUAAGUUUGCUCUGUGGGUCGGACGAACGCCGACGUCCGACAACAAGACGGUGCUGAAGGCCUCGUCGUUGGAGCUGAAGCAGGAGUGGGUCCGCAGUAUUCGUCAGGUGAUCCAGGAGAGGCGGGGUCACCUGCGGGGAGCACUGAGGGAGCCCAUCCCCCUCCCCAAGACACCCAACCCCACCCUGGGUCGACAGCGCAGCAUCACCCGCAGGGAGACCAGCGAGGAUGCAGACAGUCUGGGUGAUGCCAGCAGUCAACCCGACACCGUCUCCAUCGCCUCCAGAACAUCGCAAAACACCGCAGACAGCGACAAGCUGUCAGGAGGCUGCGAGUUAGUGGUGGUGUUGUUGGAUUUCUCCUCUGGGGGACCAGGAGAGCUCAGCGUUCGCUGUGGUCAGACCGUGGAACUGGUGGAGCGCUCAGCCGAAAGACCCGGGUGGUGUCUGGUCAGAACGACAGAUCAAACGCCCCAACAGGAGGGUUUACUGCCGAUGAGCGCCCUCUGUCUGUCACACUCCCACAGUGCAGCCGACAUGGAGGGGCUCAUCCCGGCAUCCACCUCCUCCAGCACCUCGUCUACCUGCACCACCACUUCUUCCUCCUGCAACUCCUCCACCACCACCACCUCCUCCAACGCCUCCAACUCCUCCUCUACCAUGUGCGCUGGGAAGGACUCCAGUCUCUACGGCUCUGAAGCUUCGGGGCUUCACACUCAGACGACCAGUGCCACCUCCCCCACAGUGUAUGGGUUAGGCGGAGCUCCAGGGGGCGCCGUCGGCUCUCCGGGGCCCAAGCGCAGCGGCUCUGGAACCGGAAACACCCUGAAGCGUUGGUUGACGAGUCCUGUUCGGAGGCUGAGUCAAGGUAAAGCUGACGGACAGAAGAAACCGCCAAUCAGAACCAGGAGGCGGGACAACAGGCCGGAGCUGACCACACCCCUCACCGGCAAUGCUCAGACGAAGGCGAGGAAGGAGGAGGGCGGGCAGAGUGGAGGGGAGGAGGAGCCAGAGGAAGAAAGCCACACCCCUCUACCACCUCCCAUGCAGAUCAUCAAAGACCCCAACAACCCCGAGGCUUUGGACUCAGAUCAGGGCUCCAACGAAUCAGACACCGAACACAGGAGCAAAGCACUGAGAGGACGCAUGUUUGUGGUUAACGAGAUGGUCCAAUCAGAGAAGGACUAUGUGAAGGACCUGGGUGUGAUCGUAGAGGGCUUCAUGUCCAGGCUGGAGGUCAGAGGGAUUCCCGAGGACAUGAGAGGGAAAGACAAAAUCGUCUUCGGCAACAUCCAGCAGAUCUACGACUGGCACCGCGAUUUCUUCCUGGUGGAGUUGGAGCGUUGUGUUCAGAAUCACGACCUGCUGGCCGACCUCUUCAUCCGACACGAGCGUCGUCUCCACAUGUACGUGGUUUACUGUCAGAACAAGCCGAGGUCAGAGUUCAUCGUCAUCGAGUACGAGAACUUCUUCGAGGAAAUCCAGCAUGAGAUCAGCUGCAGGAUGUCGAUCAGUGAUUAUCUGAUCAAACCCAUCCAGAGAAUCACCAAGUACCAGCUGCUGCUCAAGGAUUUUCUCAAGUAUACGUCCAAAGCAGGACUGGACUGUGAGGAGAUCGAGAAAGCAGUGGAGCUGAUGUCAUUGGUUCCAAAGCGCUGCAACGACAUGAUGAACCUGGGACGGUUGCAGGGAUACGAGGGGAAGUUGACGUCUCAGGGGAAGCUGCUGCAGCAGGAGACCUUCUGUGUGUGGGAGCAGGACGGAGGAGUUUUGUCUCGCAGUAAAGAGCGCAGAGUUUUCCUGUUCGAGCAGAUCAUCAUCUUCAGCGAACUGCUGCGUAAAGGCUCCAACAACCCUGGAUACCAGUUCAAGAACAGCAUCAAGGUGAGUUACCUGGCGAUGCAGGACAGCGUGGACGGUGAUCCCUGUAAGUUCGUGUUGUGGUCUCGCGGUUCGGCGGAGCGCUUCACGUUGCAGGCGUCCUCCGCCAGCAUCAAGAUGACCUGGGUGGAGACCAUCGCCGCCCUGCUGGACGCCCAGAACAACUUCCUGUCUGCUCUCCAGUCUCCCAUUGAGUACCAGAGGAAGGAGGGCGGGAUCUCCGUGACCCGCCCACUGUCGUCAGGGCGACCACCGUCUACCCCGCCUACGCCCAACGGGCACGCACCUCAGCCUCAACCUGACAGCGAGCAGGACGACCAGGUUUGAAUUUCCGUACCUCCUUCCUGUGUUUGAUUUUCAAACCUGGUUAUGGUGCUGCAGGACUUCGUGGCGGUGCGGGAGGAUGAGAUCUCCGUGUUUCGGGGCGAGAAGGUUCAGAUUCUGGCGUGCAACCAGCAGGGUCAGAGUCUGGUUUAUCGGCCGGCCAACAGCGACUCGCCGGCCGCCGAGGGCUGGGUGCCACGCAGCGUGCUCAACACACACUGACACACACACACACAAAAACACACACACUGACAGCAGGGUCAGAGUCUGGUUUACUGUUAAUACAAACGUACACACACUUAAAAUACUGCAAGCCAACGGAGCCAAAGGCAUGUUUGGAAACUCUCUCAUGAUGGUAAUGUUUGCUCUGCAAGGGGUGGAGCCUCAAGAUGGUGAUGUCACCUCUACAUAUGACUACACUGAUCACGUUCUUCUAAUCUUUCCUGUGGCAUCACAACCUUUCAUUUGACCUGGCGACACUGAAAACGAGUUUCCAGGCAGUAACUCCACACAGUCAAACAGGGAGUCGUUGCUUUUUUAAGUCCUUAUAAAAUAUAUGAGUAAGUAAGUAUAUCUGUCAAACUGAGGGUCAACAGGCUAAAACCAAAGGAAAUUUAAUUUGCAAUGAUAGAAAACAGACAAAAGCAACUUUUGAGAACAUGUUUGGACAUUUGACUGCUUUUUGUUUUGUCUGACUAACAGUCUAAAACCCAGAGUUUCCUGUGACCCUUCAGACUGAUCUUGUGACCCCUUGGUGGGUCCCCGACCCUUAUGUUGGGAACGAGACAGACAGAUGUCUCCAUCUUCAGGCUCCACCUUUACAACUGUGACGCUGCAUGUUUCCUGACACACUUUAGGCCCUGAUUGUUUGCCAGUGCUAAAACAUAAAUU